CGCGCAUGCGCCGUUCGGUUCCUGCCCGAACUGUCACUCCUGCGUCCACAUUCCACCUCCUGGUCACCUCCUCCGACACUACUGUGAGCGAACGCCGCCGUGUCAUAAGUUCUUUAGUCGAUUCCAAGGGGAAAAUUUCAAAAUGUUCGCCUGCGCUAGAUUGAUUGCCCCAGCCGCCAGGAGCGCCCUCAUCUCAAACUCCAAAGUAUAUCUAAGGCCAAUCAGCACGGCCCUUAGCCAAAACACGUCGUUAGUACAGAGUCCCGUCGUUCAGCAACACAAACAGCCCACACUCCUCCCAGCCGUCAGGAGUUUCCAGACAACUCCAGUAACCCGAGAUAUCGAUUCAGCUGCUAAAUUCAUCGGUGCCGGUGCCGCCACAGUAGGAGUAGCUGGAUCAGGAGCUGGUAUCGGGACGGUGUUCGGCUCCCUCAUCAUCGGCUACGCCAGAAACCCCAGCCUCAAGCAGCAGUUGUUCUCGUACGCCAUCUUGGGUUUCGCCCUGUCCGAGGCCAUGGGUCUGUUCUGUUUGAUGAUGGCGUUCUUGUUGUUGUUCGCCUUCUAAACACUGCCAAGGGAGCAAAGAAUUACCAUCAAUUCCAAAAUGUUGCAUCAACAUCAUGUAACUUCACGUUUUAAAUUCAUUCAAGCAAUAGGACUUUUUUUAUGUAGAUGGCUCUUAUUAAACGUAUGACAAGGAAGAGGUAACACUUAUCCAGUGACUUUGGGCUUACUCGUAUGUCGUAUGUUUAAUAGGGAUUGUAAGUAAAACGGACACUAUUGCAUUGUACAGCGUUAGAAAUUAAUAAAUAAUUCCUUAGUUGCGAUUUUUGUCAAUUAAGGCUA